GGAGCCGUGGUGACGAGUGCCGCCGCCGCCAACGCCGGCGACUCCAGGCACGGCUCCAAGUCCAAGAGUAACGGAUCGUGUUCCUCGUCUUCGUUGGUGAAUAAAAAAGACCCUUCCAAUUACAAGGACAAACAGUGCGACAAGUCAUCGUCCUCUUCGCAGAGGAAGGACUCGGUUGUGGGGUCGCCUGUGAAAAAGGACUCGUCGUCGAGCCACAAGUCCAAGUCGAGUGGCGGAAGUGCUUUGUGUUCGCGGCGCGAGGAGCACGAUGCGCGCGACACGAAACGCCACGGGGACGAGCGGCGGCGCGACAGCAAGGAUAAGGACGAGGAGCGCUGGAGCAAGGACGGCGCGGACGACGACGCAGACGGCAGCAAGGAGCGGAGGACGGGCGGCGGCGGGGGCUCUAGCGCGGGCGGCGGCAAGGACAAGCGAAAGGAGCGCGCGGGGGGCGGCGCCACGCCAGCGGGCGUCGGCUGCAAGCGGCGCAUGAGCUCCCAGGACUCCGCCGACAGCGCCCCCGACGCGGACGCCAAGCGGGCUAAAUUGUCAUCGCCAAUGGCCUCCGCCGCCAAACCCACCCCCGAACGCCGCGACUCCAAGGACAGCUGCCGCAGCUCCUCCAGCAGCAAACGCUCGUCUUCCAUGUCCUCGCAUCACGACAAGCCGUCCUCCAACAGCGCCGCCGCCGCCUUUCCCAAGGGGGGUGACAAGGCACAGGACCACAAGAGCAGUGGCGGUGCCAAGGACGAAACGGAGCGUAGACGCGACAAGGACGCCGGCAAGGCGCAGGACGGUUUCGACAAGCACCGCAAAGACAAGAAAAAGAAAAAA